CGUGAGGGCGGGGAGAGGCCGCCGCCAUCUCCGGGUACUGCCGCCCCGAGCGCGGCCGGGCCGGACAGACGGGCCCGCUGUGGGGCCAUGAGGAGCCGCAGCAACUCGGGGGUGCGCCUGGACGGCUACGCCCGCCUGGUCCAGCGGACCAUCCUCUGCCACCAGAACCCAGUGACGGGGCUGCUUUCAGCUGGGGCCGACCAUAAGGAUGCCUGGGUACGGGACAACAUCUACAGCAUCCUGGCCGUGUGGGGGCUGGGGAUGGCGUAUCGGAAGAACGCAGACCGGGAUGAGGAUAAAGCCAAAGCCUAUGAGCUCGAGCAGAAUGUUGUGAAGCUGAUGCGGGGACUCUUGCAGUGCAUGAUGAGACAGGUAGAUAAGGUAGAGAAGUUCAAACGCACUCAGAGUACCAAAGACUGCCUCCAUGCCAAGUAUAACUCUGCUACUUGUGCCACGGUGGUUGGGGACGACCAGUGGGGGCAUCUACAAGUGGAUGCAACUUCCCUCUACCUGCUCUUCUUGGCACAGAUGACUGCAUCAGGGCUACGUAUUAUCUUCACCCUUGAUGAAGUUACCUUUAUCCAGAAUCUUGUUUUUUACAUAGAAGCUGCCUACAAAGUUGCUGAUUAUGGAAUUUGGGAACGUGGUGAUAAGACAAACCAAGGAAUCCCUGAACUAAACGCGAGCUCCGUAGGAAUGGCCAAAGCUGCUUUGGAAGCAAUUGAUGAACUAGAUCUUUUUGGAGCUCAUGGAGGACACAAAUCAGUGAUUCAUGUUCUUCCUGAUGAAGUGGAACACUGUCAGUCUAUUCUGUACUCCAUGUUGCCAAGGGCAUCCACGUCAAAGGAGAUAGAUGCUGGCCUUCUGUCUAUUAUUUCUUACCCAGCUUUUGCAGUAGAGGAUGUAAACCUUGUUAAUGUAACCAAGAGUGAAAUCAUAUCCAAAUUGCAGGGCCGCUAUGGCUGCUGUCGCUUUCUCCGAGAUGGUUACAAAACACCCAGAGAGGAUCCAAGCAGGCUGCACUACGAUCCUGCUGAGCUCAAGCUCUUUGAGAAUAUUGAAUGUGAGUGGCCAGUAUUCUGGACAUACUUCCUAAUUGAUGGAAUAUUCAAUGAGGACAAAAUCCAGGUACAAGAGUACAGAGAGGCUCUGGAAGGAAUACUUAUUCGAGAGAAGAAUGGAUUAGUGCUAAUGCCUGAACUGUACGCAGUCCCUCCAGAAAAGGUGGAUGAGGAGUAUGAAAAUCCUCACUCGGUGGAUCGUGUCCCAGUGGGAAAGUUGCCCCAUCUUUGGGGCCAAUCAUUGUAUGUCCUGAGCUGCCUGUUAGCAGAGGGAUUUCUUGCUGCAGGUGAAAUUGAUCCCUUAAACAGGAGAUUUUCCACGGGAUUUAAACCUGAUGUUGUGGUACAAGUAACUGUUUUGGCAGAAUCUAAUCAAAUUAAAAAUCUGUUGCAAGACCGUGGAAUCAAUGUUCAGAGCAUUGCUGAUAUCCAUCCACUCAGGGUGCAGCCAGCUCGCAUCCUCAGCAACCUCUACACUAUGCUGGGCCGGAACAAGAACAUGAAAUUAAGUGGCCGACCACACCGGCACAUAGGAGUGUUGGGCACCUCCAAGCUCUACGUGAUCAGAAAUCAAAUAUUUGCUUUUACCCCUCAGUUUACUGACCAGCAUCACUUCUAUCUGGCUCUAGACAAUCAGAUGAUUGUGGAGAUGCUCAAGACAGAGCUGGCUUACCUCACUUCUUGCUGGAGGAUGACAGGGAGACCAACCUUGACAUUUCCCAUCACCCACACAAUGCUUGUUGAUGAUGGUACUGACAUUCAUCCAGCAGUUCUUGCCACAAUAAGAAAAUUAGAAGAUGGUUAUUUUGGAGGUGCAAGGGUGAAGAUAGGCAAGCUAUCAGAAUUUCUUACCACCUCUUUUCAUACAUAUCUGAGCUUUUUGGAUCCAGACUGUGACCUAAAACUGUUUGAUGACCGUAAUGACAACUGUAAUAGUCCUGACAGUGAAUAUGGAGACUACCCAGCAGAUUUCUGUGAAAAAGAUAGCCAGGAUGAGCUGGAUCAGUAUAUAAAUGAUGUCCUGCAGAGCACAGCCCUGAAGUCAUACCUGCCUCCAACUUCAAAGACAACAAGUGAACCUCCUGUGUUCAGUGCAAAUCAUUCCACAGAAGAGAUACUGUCAAUAAUGGCCAAGACAAAGGGCUUGGAAGUUCCAGCCGUGUCUAUGUCUCUUCCCACUAAAGUUCUGAACACACACCGAAAGUCUCUGAAUCUUGUUGAUAAUCCUCAUUUCUUUGGGACAAAGGACCAUGAAAAUGUUUUGCACUUACCUAAAGAUGCUCAUGGUGAUUUGGAUUGCAGGAAGCUUGUUGAUCAGCUGAAGGAAUGUCCAACACUCCAUGAUCAAGCAGAUAUCUUGUAUAUCUUGCAUAUACUCAAAGGUGCUGACUGGGACACAGAGCUGGAUGGACAGUAUGGUGUCACUGUUCACUGCCUCCUCAAUGAGCUCUACAGAAAGGCAGGCCUCAAUCAGGAAUGGGGCUUAAUCCGUUACAUUUCUGGCAUACUCAAAAAGAGAGUUGAAGUCCUGGCUGAGGCAUGCACAGACCUUCUGUCACACCACAAGCAACUUACAGUGGGCCUGCCACCAGAACCCCGUGAGAAAAUCAUUACCACCCCACUGCCACCUGAGGAGCUCACAGAUCUCAUUUAUGAAGCCAGUGGCCAAGACAUCAGUAUUGCAGUCCUGACACAGGAGAUAAUUAUGUACCUGGCGAUGUACGUCCGCUCACAGCCCAGCCUUUUUGUGGAGAUGCUCCGGCUCCGCAUUGGUCUGAUAAUCCAGGUGAUGGCCACUGAGCUGGCACGAAGUCUGAAAUGCUCAGGUGAAGAAGCUUCAGAGAGCUUGAUGAAUCUAAGCCCAUUUGAUAUGAAAAGUCUCCUACAUCAUAUUCUCAGUGGGAAAGAGUUUGGAGUGGAAAGAAGCUUGCGACCUGUAGAUUCUUCUUCAUCCAGCCCUGCAAUUUCUAUUCAUGAGAUGGGGCAUUCUGGAGCAACCAAAACAGAAAGAAGUGGUAUUACUAAACUGAAGAGUGAGAUGAAGCAGAGGGGCAGUACUCCAUCCUCUCCCACCAGUUCUUCUCCGACUGGCUCCAGCGGGGACAUGAGCUGGGGUGACAGAAAAGGGCAGUGGCUACGCAGAAGGAGGCUGGAUGGUGCUAUUAACAGAGUUCCUGUUGGCUUUUAUGAGAAAGUGUGGAAGAUCCUUCAGAAGUGCCAUGGUCUGUCCAUUGAUGGGUAUGUCCUUCCUUCUUCAACCACCAGAGAGAUGACCCCGUGCGAAAUCAAGUUUGCAGUGCACGUGGAGUCGGUGCUGAACCACGUCCCCCAGCCCGAGUACAGGCAGCUGCUGGUGGAAGCUAUUCUGGUCCUGACGUUCCUCUCCGACAUCGAGGUGAACAGCAUCGGGGGCAUCAUCCACGUGGACAGAAUCGUGCACAUGGCCAAUGACCUCUUUCUGCAGGAGCUGAAAUCAUUUGGAGCUACUGGUAGUAUCUUGGAGAAAGAUGCAGCCACAGGAAUUUGCCACUUUUUUUAUGAUAGUGCUCCCAGCGGAGCCUAUGGCACCAUGACUUACCUAACAAAAGCCAUAAUUAUUUAUUUACAUGAUUUCCUGCCCAGCACAGGCUGUGCAAUGCAGUAAGUGAUGCCUCACAUGGGAGGAAAGGCUUAGAGGCUCUUCCUCCCCAGUUCCCUGUCACAAACCCCUUGGUUGCUGUCUGUGUGUGUGCCCACUCAGCAUUUGGCACUGCUGGGGAUGCUCUGUGCACACUCAGCAUUUGGCACUGCUGGGGAUGCUCUGUGCACACCUACUGCUGGGGACAGGAAGCUGGAAUUUGGCCUGGUUUUAGGAGAGAGUGUGAGAAAUAACAAAUAGUGAGGGUAAUUCUGCCCAAAGUGCAUAAAUGUAAUUCGUAUUAAAUUAGCAAGAAUUAUGCAGUUCUGCCAAGGGCAAAACAGAUUACUGUGUGGAGAUCAAAAGGCAUAAUAAAACAAGGGAGCUGCAUCUCAGGCAUAGAGUCUCACAAAUAAGGGAAGUGAUGGAAUUCAUUAAUUUUUCUCCUGCUGUGUGUAAAUGUACAUUGUGUGAAUCACUAAUGCACAGUGUGAAACAUCCAGGGAAAUGUAAAUUAGAGGAGUAAGAAUAACUUGAAAUAAUGUGGUGAUAUUACUAAUACACUUUUAUCCUGAUUCUCUUCUCAUUUGCACCUAGUCAGUGCAGGGCUAAUGCCAGUAGGGACGAACAUCCUACAAUAUCCACUAAUUUGGGAGGAUAGCCUCUGUCAGGAAGCUGCAUCUGUCUUUAAUCUGAAUAGCUUCCUUCCCUGCUUCCCCAGAACUUUAGAGGCAAAAUCUCAAGACUCCAGCUUCUCCAGUGUGACAGACAGUUUUAUGCCUGUAAUCCUUUCCUCUGAAUGGAGCAAGAUAAACCUCAUCCACUUGAGCACCCUUUCCAAGUCUCCUGAUCAUUUCCCUCGCAAACAGCCUCAGAGUUAAGAAUGGCAUAAUUGUGGCUUUUCCAGUGUAGCAUGAGUUUAUGGAAGGCUUUGAUGUUUCUCUUUGUUUUGGUUUGGUUUUUUUUUCCUUUUUAUUUCCUUUGCCAUUUUUUCUUUCUUCUUUUUAGUUUGAAGUCACACUGGUCUCAUGUAAUUAGGGGUUGGGCUGCCUGGAAGUCUCCCUGCAGACAGUUCCCAGGUUAAUGCUGUCAGUUGGAAGCUCUGAGGUGCUGCAGGGAGUAGGUGCAUCCUUCAUGGAAAUGACUCCAUGGCCAUUUAAACUGAAAACAGAGUUUUGCAGCCUUGGAGAGGGAAACCCUGCCUUAUCCCAGGCACUGGCUGUGGUUUUCUUUGUGCCUGUGCUGCUGCCUUUGCCACCAGCCACAUGUCAGCAUCUAGCUAACAGCUUAGGAAAGUGGCAGUAGCUUCAGCAUCCCCUGGCCACAGACAGGCUCCCUCAGUAGCACUGCUGCCAUGUGAGCAGAAAGGAUCAGAGCAAUUCUGUCUUGCCAGGUAGAGGUGAAAAGAACAGACAGGCCUGUAAAAAUAGGUACUUUCUGAGCUAUAUAAGCCUGACAGCCUGCCUGCUGUCCCUCUACACAGUCACUGCUGCUAUAGCAGAGGACUGAGAGAGUGGAGGUGUAGGAGGCCUUAUUGUGAGGUGAUUUAAUGGGUUUUUUUUAGAGACCAGAGGAGUUUGGUAGUCCAUAGAACCUGGAGUUCUCUGUUAGCCACCAUGGGAACCAUGGGCCUGUGCAGGGGCCAGUAUAAAGUGACAGUUCAGGUACAAUUAGCACUUGGGUGUGGAAGUUAUUUUAUUGGCAUGGUGCCUAUUUUGUAAGGAUUUGCCUUUGUUAUUAUUUGGUGUGGGUUUUUUAACUUUUUAUAUGUAUUGUGAGAGCUCACUUGGCUUGUUUCCCAGUGAAAGGAAGUAAAAUCCUUUGUCUAGUUUAAGCAGAUGUGACAGUGCAGAGUAUAAGCACUACAAGAGCAAGGUGAUGGUUUUUUAUUCUACCCAGUAUACAAAAAGUAGUAGCAGUCAUUUUUGCUUUUCUUCUUGAAUCCUAGAUUGAGAGAGAUGCAAGAUGACUUUUUGCUCAGACUUCUACUUUUUUUUUUUUACCUACUGUGUGAAUUUGUUUUCAGAAACAAGAAGGCUGAUGUUGGUUUUCCAUGCAGCUGCAUUGAAGUCUAAAGCAUGAAAUGUAUGGCCUAACAUACCUGGACACCCCUUCUUUGUUUUUAAAUGGGAGUGUCAUUGGUGUCUUUACCAUCAAAUUCACAGUAUGACCUAGGUUAUGGCAUAUUCAUGAUGAUCACAAUGAAUUACCACGUGAAAUGCAGGCAAUUGGAAAGUAUUUAUGUGGUAAUUUGAAGAGUUUAGGUAUCUAUCUGGUGGUGCAGGGUGGUACUCAAACACAAGGCCAGUGGAAGGCAACUUUGUUACUUGCAGGGUCAGGCACAGCUGCAGAGGAGCUGGCAGAAUAAGGACCUGUGUCCACCUCAGAGCUCAUAUCACAUGCUGGCCCCAGCCCUGCUCCCCAGGCCAGUGUCCCCCGUGCUCACACUGCUGCCUUCCCCCUGCUGCCAGCAGGGACAUGGGUUUGUCAAACUAAACAGAUCAAAAGUGCCAUUGAUCUCCCUCAGCUGCUGGUCCCACAGGUUACUGUGAAAACUGAAUGGGUGGAGUGCAAAGUUUGUCUGGCUUCUCUCCUGCUAAUUGUAGUCUCCUUUCUCAGGGAAAGAGUCCUGCUUGUUCCUGGAAGGUGCAGGUGACCCACAGAGUCCUUGGCUGCCCUGCAAAGGGGCAGCCACUUUCUGUGGGGUAGUGAACACCUGGCCUGCCCCAUGUGGGCAUGGGACACUGCAGGAAUGUGUCACCCCUCUGGCAGCAGCCAGGGCCUUGAGUGGAGCGAGAGCUUCACUGAGUCCAUCCAAGUCCAACCUUGGGCACUUUUUGGAGUGGCUGGCAGGUAGGAGCAGAGUUGCCCAGAAAGCAGGAGAGAGAUGCUGCCAGUGGUGGCAUUUGUAGCUGUAGGGUGAGAGCUUGGCACUCAUCUGCAGGCUGAUUCAGGCACUGCUUAAAGGACCACUCACAUCUGGAAUAUUAAGUGGCUGCUGCAUAGAAUCAUGACUGAAAUAAAAGGGAUUGAGGAUGUGGCUUAUAGGAGAAGAGCUUCUGCUCAAACAGUUUGAAUUUAAGUACAAGCAGCAAGGCUUUUUCCCACUCCCAGUUUCAGUCUCAAGUGGCAUUUAUCCCAGUGUUAGAUGUUUCACAGUUACUCCCCGUGCCACCCCCCUUCUGUCAGGGACCAGGGUGCCCUUUGUGCUACCAGCAGCUGAUAGGACAGGCUUUCUGUUUUGGCUCAAUGAUUCAGCUCCUCUCUACCUCAGUCCUGCAUCCCCAAAAGGCUCUCACUGCCUGCCGAGUGAAGCUGUGCUGCGACUGUACCUUGGCAGCCCCUCUCAGGAAGUGAUCCCUCAAGGCCAGUCCCCUUCAUGCCAGGUUCAGGAAUGUGUCCUUAGUGAGGGACAUCCACACUGGAGGCUGCCAGCCGUCCUUCAGAGCUCCUGUGUCUCACUGUACAGCCCAGCUUUGUCCUCUUUACUGGGGCAGGUGGCAAAGGGGGACUCCAGAGCUGCAGUGUCCAGUUCCAAUUUGUCACUUUGCACCCACCGCAUGGAAGCCAGCAGUGGGAAGCAAGAUCCCACCACACACAGCGGUGUUUGGCCAUUGUAAGUGGAGCCAUUUUGUAACUCCACUGUAAUAAGUUGGGACUGAUCAUCACAGUGCAUAGAUCAGAAUAACUGCAUGCUGAAAAUAUACAUUAUGUAUUACCAAUGCCAUUAAAGUUUCACUGUAAAGUUUG